GUGGACAAGUUGGGGAAAGCUGUGAACUACGUCGACGCUGCUCUGUCCUUCAUGGAGUGUGGGAAAGCGAUGGAAGAAGGGCCACUGGAGGCCAAAUCUCCUUACACCAUGUACUCAGAGACAGUGGAGCUCAUUAGGUACGCAAUGAGGCUGAAGAGCCACUCCGGCCCCGGGGCGAGACAGGAAGACAAACAGCUGGCGGUUCUGUGUUUCCGAUGCCUUGCCCUCCUUUACUGGCAGAUGUUUCGUUUAAAGAAGGACCACGCACUGAAAUACUCCAAAGUUCUGCUCGACUACUUCAAGAGUUCUCCCAAAGUGCCUUCAACACCACCCUGCUGGAGUGACUCUGGGAAGGGUGCAGGAGGACCCCCGUCUUCACUCUCACCCGAUGCAAAACACCUCAGCCGGGGUUCACACGGGGGCAACGCCUUCCCCUCUCACAUCAGCAUUCCCCAACGCAUCCAUCAGAUGGCAGCAAAUCACCUGAACAUCACCAACAGUGUGCUGUACAGCUAUGAGUACUGGGAGGUGGCAGACAACCUCGCAAAGGAGAAUAAAGGUACAAGGACGCAUGCAAUGUACGCAAUGAAAAAUUCUGUUUACAUGGCACAUAAGCCACAUAAUUUCAUCCUGACUCAUCUUAUCUCCUUAUGCAACACACACUCAUACCACUACACACAUUCACAC